GGUUUAGCGUUUUCUUCCUUUCUUAGGCAGUUCAAUUUUUAAAAGAUUGCUGCUUCAGUAAAGGUUUCUUUACAUGCACUUUGCAUAGAGACUCUAUUAUCAAACAUUAGAAGCCACUGUUGAAGGAGAUAAAUCAGGCUUGCAAAUUCUUAAUUCCAAGUUACAAGAGGCACGUUUUGAGUUAAGCUUGAAAGAAGACAUUUGCAAAUGCUUGAAAGCCACUCAGGAAAAUUUGGAGAAAGAAAAGAUUGCUCUUCAGUCUAGCAAUGAAGAUUUUACACAAAAACUACUCGAAUCUGGUCAAGAGAUAAAGAAUCUUGAAGAUGUCAUUAAUGACUUGGCGGCAAAAAUAGUUGAAUUGGGUAAACAUAGUGUGACUGCUUCGAAGAAUGUGCUUCAGUUGACUUCUACCUAUAACACUUGCUACAAGUUGGUUCAGCAAGUGAAGGACCUUGCUGCGAAGCAUGCUCAAGAAAAGUUUGACAUACUUCAUGAGCAAUUCUGCAUGUUGCAUCAGAAAAUAGUAGCUUCCGAGCAGAAAUUGAAGAACUAAAGAAUAAGGUUACUGAGCUGCAGAAGGUCCAUGAAAUUGUGAUGGUGCAACAUGCUGAGGAAUGCCGUCUAGCAGAAGACAAAAUCUGGAGGUUGGAAUCUGAAAAGAGAAUCUUGUUUCAAUAAAGAGCGAGUUAGAGAUGUUGGUUACUAAGUUGGAGAAAGCUAAACUUAUGUCAGAAGCCUCAAGCCUAACUGCUAAUCAAAUGCAAGAUUUGUUUCUGAAAAUUUCAACGUUAGAAUCCGAGAAUCAAGAUAUGCAAGAGAAGGUUCAAGUGACACGAGAAGGGAACGCGGACCAGAUUGAAGCUCUCGAAAAAGAGAUUGCAAUACGAGACCAACAUGUUGGUUCUCUGGAGAACCAAGUCAUCCAGCUGCGUGAAAUUGUAGAUGAGAAGGAACGUCUCCAUAUGCAUUUUGGGGAGAAACAGAAGCUGUUGGAGGAACAAAGAGCAGAGAUUCAGGCAUCACUUGCUAUGGCUGAAAACACACUAAUAGAAGCAAGGAAACAAUAUGAUUUGAUGCUAGAAGGCAAGUUGGUGUUGAUGAAGCAUUUAAAGGAAAUUUCUCAGUGGAAUGAUCAGGUACCAUUUUUUCCAUUUUCACCACAUUUCAUUUAUGGCAAGUUUGUUUCAGUUGGGAACUGACUGAAUUUGAUUGGUCAAUUAAUGACAUAAGACGGAAGUAUGAGGUGGAGAAGCUAGAGAUUGUUAAUACUGAGAAAGAAAAGGUCUGCUCCAUUUUUAAACUGCUCAGUUGAUCUUCAUGUACUUUGGAUUAUCAUUCAUUUUUUCUAUAUUAUUUGAACCAAUAGGCUGACAAACUUAUCGGGGAAAUGGAAAGAAAAUAUGAUGAAAAAAUUACAGAAAAUAAAGAAGAAGCACGUCGAUACUUAUUGCAUGUUCAGGAGGAACACGGUGCAUUGGUAAGUAGUGAAGUCUAGUGUUCUAAAUAUAGCAGAUCAUACUUCAUUAUGCUAGACAUUCUAAAAAAUGCACCUGGAUGUGUCGUUUGAAAUUAUUGCUCACUAGGCUUUGGACUCUGCAGGCACUACUUUCACCUCUUGGUUAGAUGAAUUGUCUAUAUUACUCCAUGAGUAGUGUUCGUCAUUCUUGAUUUGGACUCUUCUAUCCUGCAUUUUACCAAUGAGUCAACACAGUAAUGUGGAGUUUUCCCACUGACCAUGCACACAUUGUAGACCUGCACAAGAUAUAUAUCUAAAAUUUUUGAUCUGGAGGUUGUAAAC